AUGAGUAAGUCUUCGCAUUCCGAUAACGGCAGCCCAAUCCAUUCAUUUCCGAUGAUACCAAAGGAAUAUGAACAACAUAAUACUCAAGAAGAAUAUACUGCUCAAAGGCAAUAUUUUGCUCAAGAGCAAUAUAUUGCUGCACAGCAGUCGUAUCAGCUGAGAAAUUCGAAUUACCUCUAUACUUUUCCAAAUCAGCAUCAUCAAGUGGCGAACCAGAACAAUUUUCAAAUGCGACACAAUCCUGUGAUGCCCCAACAACCCCGAAACUAUCCAUUCGAAAAUCAGAUGAUGGCAUAUGCACCAAGACAAAACGAGCAGUUACCUUAUGAAGUUCUUCCAAUAGUACCUCCACCUAGCAAUAAUGCUGACAAGCCAAAAUCAGCUGCUGUUAAAAGAGUAAGAACUCAGUAUACCUCGGAGCAACUGAUGCAAUUGGAAGGUGAAUUUGAUAAGGGCAAUUACCUGAACCGGACCAGUCGGAUUAGACUAUCACAAGAGUUAAAGCUAACUGAAAAGCAAAUAAAAGUUUGGUUUCAAAACCGCAGAAUGAAAAACAAGAAAGAAAAUUCAGCUCUAGGCGAUCGUAACGUUUCCAGCAGUCAUAGCUUCUAUAGAGGUAAUGGAGACAACAAUCCGUCCGCGGAAUAUCCAAACGGAUUUCAGGUUCCAAGCAAUAUGCAGUUAUGCCAGCAAUCGCCUUCCACAAAUAAUACCGCAUGUUCGCCCAAUUUAGCAUUUCAAGAGUCCAUUUCUACUUCCACACAUGAAUCUUUAAGCCCGUCCGAUCUGAACAUGCCCCAACCUAUUAGAGAGACAGUACACCAACUAGAUAUUCCGACAAUUCUGCUUGACGACAGCUUUAGUAUUUUAACUCUCGUUCGAAGUCAAAUUUGUGACAAUCGAGAACAAUCAUGUUCUGAUUCGUCACCGAAUUCCAAUGAACUUUUGACUUUGUAGAGUUUAUAUAGGGUGAUUCACGAUUGGCGUGAUUCCU